AUGAGCUUGGACAAGCUGACGCUCACGACAUGCUUCUGGUUCGACGGCCAAGCCGAAGAAGCGGCCGGGUUCUACGUCUCCGUCUUCAAGAACUCGAAGAUUACCCACAUCCAGCGAUACUCUGACGCCGGAAAGGAAUCCCAUGGCCACGAAGCGGGAUCUGUUUUGGUGGCCGAGUUCCAACUCAACGGCCACCGCUUCAUCGGUCUGAACGGCGGUCCGAGCUUCAAGUUUACCCCGGCCAUAUCCUUUCUGGACAAAUUCGGCGAGGGCGGCCCCGUGGACAGCCGGCAGUGCGGCCCCGUGGACAGCCGGCAGUGCGGCUGGCUGACGGACAAGUACGGCGUCUCGUGGCAGAUUGUUCCGACUGCGCUGAAGGAGAUGCUGAGCAGCCCCGACAAGGAGAAAGCGGAUCGCGCCACUGUCGCCAUGAUGCACAUGAAGAAGCUAGAAAUUGUCGGGCUGCGCAAGGCGUUUGAAGGCGAGGACGGCUGCCACUUGGGACUGCUCAACUCGCAUUGGCUGCCGCUAUGGUUCGAAGAGCUACAAAAACCCCUACCAGAUUGUUGA